CAGCCAGCCAGCCAGCCAAGUGAGAUUAAAAGCUACUUUUUACAAAUAAAUUUGCAAAAAUGCGCUAAAAAUGGGGUGGGAGGGAGGUACUCUUAGCCAAACUUCCGAGGGAAAAUCUAAGCAAUUUAAGCACUUUUUUAGAUCGCUUAACACGAAAUUCUUCGCCAAGCUUUCAAUGUGAAUCGCGAGCAGAUUUGUUUUUAAUUUAAAGCUCAAACCACAGUAUAAAGAAUCGAUAUAGCCACGCAACCCGAAAACUACCACCAAUUUCGACGAAAUUAUUGUCGCGAGUGCUUCAUCAAUUCAUUGAGAGCUGCCAUUUGGAACAAAACCAAUAAUAAGAAGCGUUUUUUAUGCAACAUGGGAUUUUCGUCGUGUGGUAAAAACUAAUUAACGGCGAAUUUAUGUUCAAAUGUAAAUAUAGUGCGAAUAUGUAACUUUUUAUUAUGCCUGCAUCAGAAUCGCUAUUUAAAACAUGCCUGGGUGUGCGAAAAAAGGCAACUAAAGCAGGUCGAGCUUUAAAGUUGAGAUGUAACGUAUGUUAAUUCAAAUGUAACAUAUCAUAUGAAACUAUAAUCUGGGACUGAAAUAAGAAAUCCUUUCCGAUCACUUUCUGCAAACGCAAAAGUUGUAUUUGGUUCGGGUCCUUUGUUAAUAUUAAAAUGCUUCACUCGUCGUAAAAUGACACUGCUUGCUUCGGAAAUAAUUAUUUCCGCGCCAGUAAUGUGUUAUUUUUCUGACCUUUAUGUAAAUAACUAUUGUUUGAAAGAUGCUUUCUAAGCAUGCAUGCCAACAGCCCUUCAUAUUGUUUAUAAAUAACCUUUUGCAUUUGGAUUUUGCAGGUUCCAACUUUCCUUUUGCUUCUGCAAUAAGCCACUGAAUGGACGGUGUAUCAUCUUCUUCAACCGAUCAUUUUUAUUUAUAAGCAAACGUCAAGUGACAUUCCUAAGGCAAUCAUGAAAUUACGAAUAAUCAGCCCAUUUAGAAAUGUAUCCAAUAUGAUUUCAUUCUAUUUCCCUUAUUUUUACAUUAUAUUGCAGAUAUAACAAAAAUACUAUAAGAAAAGUUAGUUGGUCUUUAAAGCACUUGCAACGUUUAUUAUGUUGUUUUAGUGGCUUCACACACCAAGGUAUCAACCACCUUCUCAUAAAUUUGGGGUGGUCUGCAAAUUAUGUUGGAGCAGUAUUCGAGUAAGAAUUCCAUUGAAAUUAGUGGCGUUCCCGAAAUAAAAGGUGAAGAAAUAACGAACGUCGUCACUGCAGUAAGCGGCGCGGUAGGAUUUACCUUAAAUAGAUCAAUGAUCGAUGCAUGUCACCGGCUAGGAAAGAACCCCAAUAAACCCAACGAACCUAGGGGGAUCAUACUUAAGUUUGUUAGCAGGAUGGACAAAGAUCAGUUACUUAAGUGUAAACGUAUCAAACGCAACGUGCACAUUUUAAACAACAUGUCUUGUCAGGCAAUUAUGAUGUUAUUGGAGUAUCUGAGACAUGGCUGGUUCCAAGUAUCAGUGAUUCUAGUAUAACAAUAAAUGGGUUUAAUUUUGAACGUUCUGAUAGGAAAACCGGAAAGCGUGGUGGUGGAGUUGGAAUCUAUAUUAAGCAUGGUCUUAGGUAUAAAGUAUUACAUGACGUAGGUGACAAUGACUUUUUUGAACAAAUUUGGAAAGCAGGAAUUUUCAGUCAUGGAUUUUUUAGGUAAGUUUGAGGAUUCGCUUGCUUGUGUUCUGCCAAAGGGCGAUGAAUUAAUAUGUGUCGGUGAUUUUAAUUUAGAUUUAUGUGAUACUGGUCGUACGUCAACUUUUCAAUUCAGUAAUUUACUCGAGACGCUCGAGUUAAAACAAAUUAUUGACGAACCUACUAGGAUAACAAAAGCAACGGCUACCUUAAUUGAUUUUAUUAUUGUUCCUGCCAGUAAGGAAAUUGCCCACCAUGGUGUUAUUUCGUUGCAUGAAGUAACUGAUCAUUUUCUAGUUUUUUGUAACUACCCAGUGACUACUAAGCAAAGUAAAGUGCCUACAUUAAUUACGUAUAAUGAUUUUUCAACAUUUUCAAUCAAUAAUUUCGAUAAGGACUUGCAAAGUAUUGACUGGGAUUAUAUUUAUACUUGUGAUAACGUUGAGCACAUGGUUGAUUUUCUUAAUUACAAUAUACUUACUAUUUUCGAUUGCCAUGCACCUAUAAAGACUGUGCGAGUCACUAAACCAAGAGCUCCUUGGCUUACUGACACUAUACGUCAGAUGAUUCUUUUACGUGAUAAGGCUUUAAUGAAAUUUAAAAAAUCAAAAUCGUGCACAGAUUGGAAUUAUUAUAAGGCAAUUAGAAAUUAUACCACUCAGGCUAUUAGAAGGGAAAAGAAAGCAUUUUUGGAAAACCAACUCCAACAGCUAGGAAAGGGAGUUCCCUGGAAGAACUUGAGAGAUCUCAAUGUAUACUCGAAAGAUAAAUUAACUGUGCCACCAAAUCUAUCUGAUGUGAAUGCCAUCAAUAAAGUCUUUACAAGCUCUGUAGAUUCUGAUCUUGGGAUAGCUUCUGAUACAGUUAAGUAUUACACCGAGCAUACAUGUAGAUCAACGGGCGACCAUAUAUUCACGACCAGGAGGAUCCUAGACGAACACAGGAGGGCAGGAACCAGCCAACGCGCUAUAGUAUACAAUGGUUUGGGAAGAAUGAAAACCAGAGGAAUGAAACAGGCAUGUCCGCUCUCCCCAAGGCUUUUCGCGAUAGCACUGGACAAUGCCAUAGAACAAACCAGGAGGGUGCUGAGGAAGUUCAGCACAGGUGGCCAAUUACAACCACCGACACUAGUGGCGUACGUGGACGACCUACCAGUACUCGCGGAUAAGAUGGAAGACAUCGAGGACUUCGUCCAAACCAGCGAGGCAUACCUGGAAAUGGCAAGCCUACAAAUAAACAACGAAAAGAGAUACAUCAUUAUAAGAGACCCAGGAAGCAAUACCCAAUACCCAUAA